AUGAUUAUAUUUAACAAUUUUAUAGAAUUAAUUCGAUAUGUGCUUUUACACAAUGUGUUUUUACACAAUAUGCAGCUGCAGCUUAUUUUAAAAAAAUAUAGUUGUAUAGCUGCAAACUUAUGAAAAAAUUAUCUUAGAGGAUUAGUUUCGCCCUUUUUUAAUGCGAGAUUAUAUCAAUUUUUAAGUAUAGUUUUUAUUGGUGUGUUUGUGCAACCCAUCCAAAUAGAUUGGAGUUUAUGUAUAGAUCCCUUAAGGGAUUUUUUACUAAAUCUAGAGUCGUCCUUAUAUCAAGUUAAAUUUACUAAAGGGUCAAAUCUUGAUAUACCUCCUGUUAGCUAUAGCUAUAGCUAUAGCUAUAGCUAUAGAUCUUUACCCGGACUUAGGAUUUGUAUAUUUAUAUAUAUAUUUAUAAACCUAAUAAUAAUAUUUCCCUUAGUUUUUAUAAUACAAAAUUAUAUUUUUAUAAUUUUAAGUUUAUUAAGUGCAAUAUUAAUUAAAGCUUUAGCUUUAAACUUUUAUAAUAAACAUUUUAAGUACUAUUAUGACUAUAUGUUUGCCUCUACAGGGCUAUCAUCGCCUUCGGACAAAUGGAAAAAAUUAGUGUACUUGGUUAGACAAAUAGUUAAUAAUAUAUACAAAAUUAUAAAACAUUUAUUAAAAAUAUGAAUAAUUUCUGUUAUAUUAAUUUUUACUUUUAGAUCUAUGAUAGCUACUAUGUUAUUAAAUUUAGAGAAUAAAAGUUUAUCAAUAAUAUUAACACUUGUUCUUCCUUUACCUAUGAUUUUAUAUUUGCUAAAUUUUUUUAUUAAAUACUUAAAGAAAGAACCUGUAAAGGAUGAAGAUUAUUAUUUGUAUAAUGAUUAUGUAGUAGAAAGAGUAAAUUUGUAUAGAAUAACUUAUAUUACAUUUAUAAACUACUUAAUUAGAAACUUUUAUAGUACAAUAAGUAUAGUAAUAAUGACAAUAGUGUUUAUUGUUCUAUUUAUAGCAUUAUUAAUAAUUUGUAAAAUAUGCGUACAUAAUUGGCAAACAUAUAAGGGAGCAGGUAGUAGACAAAGUACAAUCUCCAGUAUUAGCAGGUGCAAAGUAAUAAAUAAGAAUGAACCAUUAGCACUAAAAUCUGCAUUUCAAACAACGGCUGGCUAUAUAUCAGCUUUUAUAGCAAUAACUCCUUUUUUUCAGGAAGGAUGUAAUAAGGGGUUUAUGGACUAUUAUAUGAAUACAGGUAAGAGUAAAUAUUAUGAAUGAAAAAAAAUAUCUUAUCCUAACCCUCGUGUAAUAAAGAAAGGUUCAACUGUGAAUAUAAUGGAGAAUAUCCAGGAUAAGAAUAAAAAUGACAGGGAAAAUAUGUUAUACAUCCAAGAUGAAUCUACAAAGAAAAAUCUGAUAGCGAAUUAUAAACCUCAAAUAGAAAAAUCCCCUAUUCUUAAUAUGACUUGGAAACUUAAAUAUAAUGAAGGUAUCCAAAGAUCAAUAGAGAAAUUCACAAUAAAACCGGUAAAUUAUUUCACUAAUCCUGAAUAUUAUGGGUCGGUUAAUCUUGUUUUAAAAGGGAGAUUUUUAAUAGUUCUUCUAAUUAGACGUGACUCGCCAGGUUGUGUCUUUAUGCCUACUUAUUGUUUACCUGCAGAUAAAAACGAUUCUAAAAGUUUUACUCAAAUUAGAGAUACAGUUAAUUUAUUAGAGCAUAAAUAUGGAAUAGUUAUGCCAAGAAUAGGCUGGGAGAAGGCAAAUAAUAGAAGCAAUGGUUUAGUAAUUUAUACUCAAGGGGAAUCUAUUGAGAAUAAAAGUUUAUUUAAAGUAUGAAGGCCUACAUUAAAUUAUACUGAACCGGAAUUAAAAACAGUUGAAAAUUAUUAUUAUUGAGAAGAACCUAGAUUAAGACGUAAAGAAUUUAUUACGAAGGACUUUAUUAAACUUAAAGAAAAGAUCAAUGCAACAGUAAAAGCUCAGCAAAAUUAUUUGGAUAGAUUACUUAGAGAUGACCUAAAAUUAUCAAAAAAAACGCAAAAGUCUUUUAUAGAAAGGUUGGCUCAUAUUGAAUAUAUAGUAGACCAGUAUUACCAAGAAUUGGUGAAAUUUUACAUAAUUAAAGGUUUAAAAGCUAACCCUGAGAAUUUUAGUGUGAAUUAUGAGGAUAUUAGUAAAAGUGGUGAUAAACGGGGACUUGGCUAUGAAAAUUUAAAGAUGCUAGCACGCCGUGAGACAGAAAAGAGUAUUAUUAGAGAGAAAUCUUUAAAUCCUGAGAAGAAGGAGCGAGAGCAAACUACCGGAGAAUUAUUAGAAUUAGUGAAAGCUAAAUUUGAUAGAUUUAAUAGUAACAAUGAAUAUAUGGAUAAUACAUUAUAUUAUUUUAAAACUCGUCGUGAUUAUCCUAUACAUUCUGUAUUAUUCGAGCUUAAUAAAAGGCAUUUAACUUUAUUUAGUAUAUAUCAGAAUGGAGUUAUAGAAGGGUACAAAGAAAAAUCCCAAACGCUAGGUAAAUUAUCUUCUAGCUUAAAAUUACCAUUAGUUGAAUCUAGAAGCCAGUUGAUAAAAAUUAUGGCUAAUCAUUCUAGAGAAUUUGAAGAUUAUAAUAAUUUUUAUGGUGUUUCUAUUAAUAGACUUACAUUUGAAUUUUUUGAACUUAGAUCAACUAAGAGUAUAUAUUUCGGAAUCUCUGAGAGAGAUGGAACUUCUCAGCAAUUGCUAGACGAAAAUACGGAUUGUGAAGUUUAUAGCAUUAUAGACAUAAAAAAUAAUAGUCUACAAUUACCUGUUGUUUUUAAUGGAAAUGAGUCUUAUAAACUUACUAUACCUAAAUAUGAUUAUAAUUUGUUAGACAAUACAGAUGAGCAUACUAUUCGUAGAUUUAUGGAUUUUAUCUAUCAUGAAAAUUCGGAUGGAUAUUUAACUUAUGAUUCAAAUGAGGUUAAUAGUAUAGCUACGGGAAAAUGGGAUUCAAGUGAGGUUAAUAGUAUAGCAAGGGGAAAAAAGGAUUCAAGUGAGGUUAAUAAUGCAGCAAAGGGAAAAAGGGUACAUUUUACUAAAGAAGAUAUAGACCAUAAAAAAGGUAAAAUACCUGGGAAGUAUUAUAGAAAGGUACGUUUUACUAAAGAAGACAUAGACUUUAAAAAAGGUAAAAAACCCGGUAAGUAUAAUGACGAGAAGUAUCUGGCGAUAGAGGAAAGAGUAGGAAAAGCAAAAGAAAUUAGAGAGGGUGAAAAAAAUAUACCUAAAUCUAUUCUUAAGAAGUCUAGGGAUCAUUAUCCUAAAGGAAGAGUAAGAGCCAUCCCGGCUCCUCAAGAGCUAAUUAAUAAUCCUGCCCCUCAAGAGCCAAUUAAUAGUCCUGCCCAGCAUACGGGUGAAAAAAAUAUACCUAAAUCUAUUCUUAAGAAGCCUAGAGAUCAUUUUCCUGAACAUAUUCUUAAUAAGUGUAUGGAUCAUCCUAAACAUAUUCUUGAUAAGUUUAAAUCUCUUCUUAAUAAGUCUACAGAUCAUUAUCCUAAAUCUCUUCUUAAGAAGUCUGCGGAUCAUUAUCCUAAACGAAAACCAAGAAUGAUGCUGCCCACUGAAAAGCCAAUCCCUCCCCUACCUAAAAAACGAAAAGCAAUAGCCUUGUUGCCUCCUGAAGAGCCAAUUAAUAGCCCUAACCCUCCUAAGCGGCGUAGAGUAAUAGCCUUGCUGCCUCCUGAAGAGCCAAAUAAUACCUCUAGCCACCCUAAAGGAUGAGUAAGUGCCAUGCCUAAAGGAUGAGUAAGUGCCAUCCCGGCCCCUCAAGAGCCAAUUAAUAAUCCUGAACUAGCUAUAAAACCAUCUAUAGCUAUAAAACCAUCUAUAGAUACUUCAGUAUGGUUAGUACCAGAUGAUGAGGAUAUAUAUGGUUAUAGCGGAGAUGAAGAUAAUACUAAAAAUAAUAAUGGAGGAGCUGUUAAGGUUUCAGCUGCUCAAAAUAAUAGUGGAGCAGCUGUUGAGGUUUCAGCUGUACAAGAAGUAGACUACGCCCCUCCUUUAGUACAAUCUAUGCAAGACAGCUCUGGUUAUAUGCCUUAUUCAGAGGAGGCUGAAAGUCUCCCUAAUAACGAUAACAAUAUGGAUUUACAUAGUACAGGAGAGGCUUUGGCAGCUGGCCAAGUGAAUGAGUCAGAGGUUUCUUUAAUAUCUGCAGAUGAUAUUUCUAGGAAUUAUAUAUCUAGAGAUGGGGCUCCUUCACCUCAAUUUUUUAUACCUGAACCCUCGGAAGAUAAUAUCUCUAGUAUGAGCUAUAGUCCUAAAUAUACGGAAGCUAACCAGGAGCAGGCUGGUCAGAUUUUAGAGCCAAAUCUUCUUAACCGCGAGGAGGAGGCUUUGCCUGCCCCGGAAAUAGAUGCAAAUUUGGCUAGAGAAGUUUUAAUGAAUGCGAGUUUAGGUAACCAAACAGUAGUAGAAACUAUAGAUCCUAGCGAACUUAUUCCUAUUCUGCCUAUCAGUCCGAUGCCAGUAGAAGCUGAAGAUAGUCCACUCUCCAGCAUAGGAGAUGAAGAACUGUGAAAAUUAGAGCAAGAAGUAUAUAACCGAGAAGAGGUGGCCCCUUCAAUGGAGGAGGAGGCUUCAGGGAAGGAAGAGGAAAGCACUCCCUCAGGAAAAGAAUACGCAACUGGGAAUGAAGAUAGUUCAUUAUCCAGUAUAGGAAAUGAAGAACUGUGAAAAUUAGAGCAAGAAGUAUAUAACCGAGAAGAGCUGGUGGCUAUAAAGGAGGAAGAGGCUUCCGUGAAAACUCUUGAUCCCUUUAUUCCCCCGGCCGUGGUAGAAGUGAGAGACCCUGAGGUUAUUAUUAUAUCAUCAGAUGAUAGUUCUAGUGAGGAUAGUUCUAGUGAGUAUACUUCUUCUCCUGCACCAGUAGAAGUGGGGGAUCCUGCACCAGUAGAAGUGGGGAAUCCUGCACCAGUAGAAGCGGGGGAUCCUGAGGCUAUUAUUAUAUCAUCAGAUGAUAGUUCUAGUGAGGCUCCUUCUCCGGAGGCGUAUGACGAUAAUUUACGAUAUGUAGCGGAAGCUAUUCAGCGUGAAAGGGGAUAUAAGUACUUGACUGUAGCUAUUGAUAGAAUGUUAGCAGUUAUGACCCCGAUAGGGGGUGGAAUAGAGCCGCGUUUGGUAGGUGUAGAAAAUAAUAGGUGUUAUUGUGUCGAGAUGACUAUUGAUACUAAUUACCGAGUUUUCCCCAGAGAUAUUCCAGAAGUGCCGGAUUUGCACGUUAAUCAUCAUGAGAUUACUAUUUACCUACCUCCGGGUGUGGAUAGUGUGAAUCUAUCCGAUGCUGCCCAGGGGUAUCCAGAUGAUAUAGAGAAUUUGCCAGAAGAGGACCCAGAAAAUCCUGUGUAUUAUUUUAAUUUCUUUGAAUUGGUGUAUUUAGAAAAAUAUAUUCACCCGAAUAAUCUAGAAGGGUCAAAUAACCUAGAACGGUCAAACAAUAUAGAACCGUCCUCUUUCUCAUUUUCAGAACCAAUAGAAGAUAAAGAGGUAGUAAAUAGCCCGAAUAUUUCUCUCAAUAAUUAUAAUAAUGAGAGAUCCCCCUUUAAUUCGGUAGAGAUAGAAAGCCGAAUCUCUUCUUCAGCCUCCCAAGCUAGAGAAGUUAAUAUGUUUGAAGGUUCAAAUAGCGGCGAAGCCGUACACUCUUCAUAUUCAGAUAAAAGAGGGAGCUUUGGCCCACCAGGUAGAACUGAUAAUUUUUCAUCCAGUGAGUCAGAGGUUUCUUUAAUAUCUGCAGAUGAUAUUUCUAGGGAUUAUAUAUCUAGAGAUGGGGCUCCUUCACCUCAAUUUUUUAUACCUGAAUCUUCUCCCCCAAGUAUUCCUAUUGACAGCUAUAAUCCUAGGGAUAGCCAAGAGGUUGGGGAUACAUUAGGGCCAAAUCUGCUUAACCGUGAGGAGGAGGCUUUACCUGCCCCGGAAAUAGAUGCAAAUUUGGCUAGAGAAGUUUUAAUGAAUGCGAGUUUAGGUAACCAAACAGUAGUAGAAACUAUAGAUCCUAGCGAACUUAUUCCUAUUCUGCCUAUCAGUCCGAUGCCAGUAGAAGCUGAAGAUAGUCCACUCUCCAGCAUAGGAGAUGAAGAACUGUGAAAAUUAGAGCAAGAAGUAUAUAACAGGGAUGAGGUGGCCCCUUCAAUGGAGGAGGCUUCAGGAGAAGUGGUUACCCCUAAGACUACAUUAUAUUCAGAAAGUAGUUAUAGUGAAAGGAUUCCUUCCCCAGAUGGUAUGGAGAUAGAUAGAGAUAAUCCUAGUAUUCCUUCUCCUAAUAUAGAACGAGGAGAAGAUAAAAGUAUGGAUAUAGACGAUAACAGUUCGCAUCCAGAAAACCCUGAAGGUAAUACGCAAUAUGAUACUCGUAUGGAGGAUCUUGACGAAGUUAAUCAAGAAGGACUGGUAGAUACCUAUCCAAUUUUAGAUUUUGAUCCUUGUGAUGUUAGUACUGAUUUUUUUGGUUAUAGUUAUGACGGGGAUAUGAUAAUACGUUCUACUCAGGAAAUCUUUAACAUGCAGGCUAGGUAUGAAGACAGAGUAAAUAAUAGUCAGGUUUCUUCACCACUUGGUGGAGAUACUGAGGGGCGAAGACUUUCUAUUAUUAAUCCUUCUUAUCAGAGAGGGGAGAAUGUAGAUGAUCAUAGUAGAACUGAGGUUGCUAGAACUGCAUUAUCAGAUAGACAAGCUAACCAGGAGCAGACUGGUCAGAUUUUAGAGCCAAAUCUUCUUAACCGUGAGGAGGAGGCUUUAUCUGCCCCGGAAAUAGAUGCAAAUUUGGCUAGAGAAGUUUUAAUGAAUGCGAGUUUAGGUAACCAAACAGUAGUAGAAACUAUAGAUCCUAGCGAACUUAUUCCUAUUCUGCCUAUCAGUCCGAUGCCAGUAGAAGCUGAAGAUAGUCCACUCUCCAGCAUAGGAGAUGAAGAACUGUGAAAAUUAGAGCAAGAAGUAUAUAACCGGGAUGAGGUGGCCCUUUCAAUAGAGGAAGAGUCUGAAGAUAGUCCAUUGUCUAGUAUAGGAGACCGAGAAAUGUCUGAACUAGAACGAGAAUUUAAUCGAAAUCCAUCAAGUGAGGUGGAAGCAGCAGUAGAAACUAGAGAUCCUAGCCUACUUCUUCCUAGCCAACUUAUUCCUAACCAAGCUAUCAAUUCAAAGCCAGAGGGCUAUCUUGAACUUCUACAGUCUAGCCUACUUCUCCCUAGCCAACUUAUUCCUAACCAAGCUAUCAAUUCGGAGCCAAUGGGCUAUCUUGAACUUCUCCAGUCUAGUAUAGGAGAACGAGAAUUUAAUCCAAAUCCAUCGAGUGAGGUGGAAGCUGUAUCUGGGGGAGACAUAGACGCAUCUGGAGACGAAAUAGCUCCAGGAGAGGAAUACGGUUCACCACGAGAAGGGGCUCCAUAUGGAGUAGUCACAAUUAGAGUAGAGGCUGUUACUCAAGACGUAGAUGCAUCUGGGGAUGAAAUAGCUCCAGGAGAGGAGUACGGUUCACCACGAGAAGGAGCUCCAUAUGGAGUAGUCACUAUCCAUAGAGUAGAGGCUGUUACUGAGGACGUAGAUGCAUCUGGAGAUGAAAUAGCCUCAGGAGAGGAAUACGGUUCACCAGAGGAAGGGGCUCCUUGGGGGACAUUUACUAUACGGGCUUCAGGUGAUAUAGACACUUCUGGGGUGGUAGACCCUCCAGAGGAGGACGCCCCGGAAUGUAGACGCACCCGAAGAGGUAUGCGAUUAAGAUCUGGAAGGUUGAUAUAG